AGGUCAUUACUGAAGAAGUCUGUGUUCACUAACUAACAAGGAAAAGUUUGCAAUCUUUGCAGGGAAGACAUGCAUUCGAGAUUCUCAGAUGGAACAAACACCAUCACCUCAUCCCAAUCUAUUAGUGAUGGCAGGAACUUAGUUUCUAAAGAUGGAGGCUUUGAAGUGGGUUUCUUCAGUCCCGGAAUCUCCAAGGGCCAUUAUUUGAGAAUUUGGUACAAGAAUAUCCCAAUCAGAACUAUAGUGUGGGUUGCAAAUUGGCACAUUCCAAUCAUGGAAUUAUGUGGUUUGCUAAUGAUAAACAGCACAGGCAAUCUUCUAUCAGCAUGGAAGAGCCCAGAUGAUCCAUCUCCUGGAGACUUUACUUUGAGGCUAGCACUAAAUAAUUACCCUGAACUUAUUGUGCUAAAGAUCAGGAGCAUGACCUUGGAAUGGUCUCAGAUAGAGUGGUGAGGCCAAAUCAAGUUCUAUUACAGUGUUUGAGUUGAACUUUAUCUGAAAUGCGGAGGAGGUAUGCUUCAGUUAUAACAUCAAUGGUCAAUGAUAUCAAGGUUUGUUAUAAACCAAACUAGAAAUUGGAUCCUAUAUUUCUAUCUGCCAAGGGACAUCUGUGACAAGUGACAACUAUGGACAUUGUGGUGUGUAUGGGACUUGUGACAAUACUGAGUUGCCACUUUGUCAAUAUUUGAAAGGAUUCAAGCCUAUAUCACCACAAAACUGAAACUCAAGGGACUGUUCUCAAUGGUGUGUGCAGAAUAAGCCAUUAGAUUGCGAGAAUGGAGAUCAAUUUUUUAAAUUUAGUCAUAUUAAAUUGCUAGAUACAACUUACGCUUGGGUGAACAAAAGCUUGGAUCUCAAGGAAUGCAGAAGUAAAUGCUUGUAGAACUGCUCUUUUAUGGCGUACACACACUUGGAUAGCAGAGAGAAAGGUAGUGGUUGUGCUAUUUGGUUUGGUGAUCUGAUUGAUUUUAAACAGUUUCAUGAUGGUGGGCAGGACCCGUGCAUCCUAAUAUCUGGUUCUGAAUCAGCUAUUUCAUUUGGAAAAACCGUGCAAAUUUAGAAGGUAAUUUUAUCUGCCUUCACAAAUCAUAUCAUAAUUCUGUUCGCUAGAACUUCAUUAAACUGCAAAGAAUGAUUACAAACUUUCCUGGAUUUGUUUCAAAAGGAACCAUUUUCAUCAUUCAGUUAUUCAUCAUUUGAAUAAGAACUUGGUUAAAGUAUUUAGAAUUUAGCAAUUUAUAAAUGCCUUGUGAAAGA